CCACCCAUUCAAUGAGUUAGUCCACGACGCGCCGCACUAUCUGAACGAGCGUCGGACAUUCUUUCAUUUAAUAUAACUCAAACACAACCAGUUAUAAACUUAUUCCAAUAUUCAGUUCCAUCAAAGUUCCUUGUAUCGACCACGGCCCGCGACCUUGAUGAUCGCGAGUAAAAAUAGUUAAGUGAUACGAAGUUUUGUAAACAUGAGUAUAGUACAAACAACGGAGAGACCGAUCCCUUUGAAACUGAGGAUCCUGAGUGCAGUGAGGUUGGCGAUAUCUACGGUAGCGAGGUUCUUCUUCACGCUUUACUAUGGAAAGGAAGGACAGAAAAUUCCUCCAAUCACUGACGACAUACUGAAGCAACCGGCCAUCGAGGUCGCAAGGAAAAUACGGAAUAAAGAGAUUACAAGUGUAGAGGUACUAGAGGCGUGCAUACGGCGAAUAAAAGAUGUGAAUUCAGCUCUAAAUUGCUUCGUAGAAGACCGUUUCGAACUGGGUUUGAAAGAGGCUCGGGAGGCCGACGAACUCAUCCGGGGCGGAACACUGACACCAGCGGCGUUGGAAGCGGAGAAACCGCUUUUAGGCGUGCCUUUCACCACUAAAGACUGCAUCGCCGUAAAAGGUCUCCAUCAUACUGCUGGUGUCGUGUUACGUAAGGAUGUCAUCGCAGAGGAAGACUCGCAAGCCGUCAAGCUGCUACGGGAGAAGGGAGCCAUCAUCAUCGGCUUAACAAAUGUUCCUGAACUGUGCAUGUGGUGGGAAACGCACAACCACAUCCAUGGAAGAAGCAACAACCCAUACAACACUACGAGGAUCGUCGGUGGUUCUUCAGGUGGCGAGGGAUGCUUGCAGGGCGCUGCCGGCAGUAUCUUUGGCAUUGGAUCCGAUAUCGGUGGAUCGAUCCGGAUGCCGGCGUUCUUUAAUGGGAUAUUCGGACACAAGCCGUCGCGAGGUGUGGUCUCCAACCAGGGCCAAUAUCCAAUCGCUGCAACGCCACUACACGAUUCCUUUUUAGGUAUCGGGCCUAUGACGAGACAUGCAGUAGAUUUGAAGCCCAUACUCAAGAUUAUUUCGGGUGAAAAUAGUUCCAAGCUAAACCUGGACAAACCUGUCGACGUUGGAAAGCUGAAAGUGUACUACCAGUUCAGUAACAACGCUCCACUGGUCGACCCUGUGGAUCCAGACAUAGUGGCGGCGAUGAAACAAGUAGUAGAAUUUCUAAACGUCCAACACAAAAUAAAGGCGGAAGAAAAGAAGUUUCAUAUACUCAAAAGAUCGUCCGCCAUCUGGUUGGCAACAAUGAAAAACACUAAGAAAUUUGGAGAGUUCAUCAUGGAAAAAAGUUCAGUGGGGAUUAUACUUUGGGAAAUUAUAAAGAACCUCAUUGGAUUAUCUGGGAACACUUUGAUUGGGUUAUUUACGGCCUUAUUUGAUUACGGCGGCGUGGAGGUCGGCGAUGAGCGGUACAAACAUUACUUGAAAGUGAGGGAGAACUUAGAGCUUACGUUUAAGGAGAUGUUGGGUGACGAUGGCGUGUUCUUGUACCCCACGCACCCGACGCCGGCGCCCUACCACAAUGAGCCUCUAGUGAGACCAAUGAACUUCUCCUACACUUCCAUCAUAAACUGCCUUGGUCUACCAGCCACAACAGUACCUCUAGGAUUAGGCAAAGAAGGCCUCCCAAUCGGAAUACAAGUGAUAGCUAACCAUAACAAUGAUAGAUUGUGCCUUGCUGUAGCAGAAGAAUUAGACAAAGCUUUUGGAGGCUGGACAGAACCUCACAAAUGUUAAGUAAUUAUGAAAGAUCAAGGUGUUUGAUUAUAAUCAGGGUAAGAAAAUUUACAAUGAAAGUCAAGCAAUGCAAGAACUCAAACCACAAGAAUGGACUUAAAGACCUUGGUGAUCAAAAUCACCUUGAUCUUUGAACUGCAGUAAUUAUAAGUGAUAAAAUAAACAUUUACCUAUAUGUCACAAUAUUUUUAUAAAUUAUUUGACUUUUUGAAAUCA